AUCCCUAUCCCUAUCCCUAUCUCUCUCUCUCUCUCUCUCUCUCUAUAUAUAUAUAUAUAUAUAUAUAUAAUGCCCUCUGGGAACGGGUGUCGGGCCAAUCAGCGGCGGGCGAGAGAGCAGGCGAAGGAGCAGCGGUCCAGCGCCCCGCACACCGCCGAGGACCGAAAAAAACACGAAGCCGCGAAGAACGCCGUGCAGUGUGUGUUGUGCCUGCAGGGAUUUCCCCGCACCGUGCGGCGGGCAGAGUUGGAGCAACACAUUGAGAGUCGACACGCAAAGGUCAACAAGACAGUGGAGGAACUCUUUCCAAACUUUACAGAGUAG